AUGAUCAGUGUGCAUGAAGAGAUGAAGUCGAAUACUGAAAGUGUUUAUCCACAUGCUCAUAUGAAAGAUGAACGACAAUGCGUCACUCCUUUAGAGAAGAGGAUUCCUGUAUUGAAGGCGUCAAGAGAGUCUCGAAAUUUCCAAACUCUGCAGCAAAGUCUGUGUAUUGGUCUCUUAAGUAGCAUAUGUGAAGUGACCAUUAAACAGCCUGCGAAGAAGAGCGUAGUGACGCAACAGUAUAUGCGCAUCAAAUCACUUGAUUUCGGUGACGGAGAAAUUUUGGUUGUGAAUGAGUUUCUUAAAAAGCGAUGUAUCGAACAAAAGAACGAUGACGUCGUCCACGGAGUCCCUCAGAAGACUGCUGUGCGACGAUUUCAGAACAACAAAAAGAUCGAACUGUUACAUCUGUUGAUCGAUUUGUUAGAAAUUAGAGGGGGGUUCGACUUUGAGAGUAAAUACACUGAAGGGAAGGUCGGGACUAACAAACAAGAGUCGAUCAAAAAGGUAAUGAAAGAGGGUUGUGUCAUAAUUGGUGCAGAGAACUUAAUUGAAAAGGCAGAUUGUGUCAAUAAAAUCAUCACUGACAAGUUGGCAAACUGUAAGAAAGAGCUCAUCAUAAAAAGAAAGGAUAAAACAAUUGCUGAAGUACUCCAUACUUUCUUUUGA